AUGAGUACAAAUUCCCCCUCACAAAAAGGGAAGUUCAAGGCGGUGGUUAUAUCUGUUGCUCAAGAGUUAAAUGUAGAUGUAGAUUUACGGCGGUUACAUGAGGCGUGCAGUUCCCUUGGAGAUUACAUUGCACCGUUCAUGAAGCGCGUCAGACUGGAGUUGCAACGCGUCAAGGACGGCGAGCAAGCAGACGUUCCCAUGGUUCCUCUGUUUAUACACAGUCCAAUCCCAUACGGCGAGAUAAAGAUUCUCUUUUUGGAUGUUCUUUCUAGUUACCCGUUUCUCAGGAUCAUUCAGCUGCACCGCUGCGCCGUCGGCGAUGAUGGUAUUCUUACCAUUGUGGAGUUUAUUCGAUCUUAUAAGCCGUCUCCAGAUCGAAAUCCGUUUGGAAUACAGUGCUUUGAAGUUCCUGAAUGCCUUAUAGGGCACGCUGGGGCCAAGCAUAUUGCCAAGCUAUUGAGCGAAAAUGAGACCAUCACGCGUUGCGUACUUGACUUCAAUCCUCUAGGUGAUGCCGGUGCUCGAGCCAUCGCCAAUGCAGUGCGAUGGAAUGGAACACUGGAGGAUCUUUCUUUGCAGUAUUGUGGCAUUGGGUCCUCCGGUGCGGAAGCCCUGGCGGAGGGGGUGCUGCGAUGUUCCAACGUUCGUGUCUUUUCUCUUCGUGGCAACUCCAUAGGGCCUGAGGGAAUAAAACCCAUUGGGAUGGCCCUGAGUAUAGGUGGGCGUAUUGAUGCCAUUGAUGUUGCUGGCACCAGCUUCGGUGGGUCGUACCAGGCGGUGGAGGCGUUUUGCCAAGGUGUGGAGAGUAGCGUUUCCCUCACAGCUGUGGACAUGGAUUAUAAUUUGCUUGUGCCAGAGGCGGCUUCGUUGAUUGCGUCUGUUAUAUCACGAAACAAGCGGUUAGUCCAGUUUUGCGUAAAUGAACGCAUGGAGGCGCAGCAGUUUCUCAUGAUACAGAAUGCGCUUGAGCAGAAUGGCAAGGGCACCAAGAGGAAGAAGAAACGCUCGAAGGUGUGA